AUGAAUCCCGCAAGACACGUCGUCAAGAUGGCUGCGCUCCGCGCGACUGUGCCUAGAUCAUUUGCAAAGUCUGCGCCCAUCGCUGGACAGACAAAAACUCUUGUCACUGCCUCCUGCUCUCAAUCCGGAAAACAGCUGCGUGCCACCGCCGUCGCUCCUUCUAUUUCUGCGAACACCACACAGCGGCGCGGCGUGAAGACUCUCGACUUUGGCGGAACAAAGGAAAAGGUCUACGAGCGUGCGGACUACCCCAAGGACAAGCUACACAAGAUCUUCAAAAAUGAUACUUUCGCCGUCCUCGGUUACGGGACCCAAGGCUACGCUCAAUCCUUGAACCUUCGCGACAACGGUUUGAAAGUCAUUGUCGGAGUCCGCAAAGGUGGUCACUCGUGGGAACAAGCCAAGAAAGACGGCUGGAAGGAAGGAGAAACUCUCUUCUCUAUCGAGGACGCGGCGAAGAAGGGUACCAUCCUCAUGUACCUUUUGUCUGACGCUGGCCAAAAGGAAGGAUGGCCCGUGAUCAAGCCUUACGUUACCAAGGGCAAGACUUUGUACUUCUCCCACGGCUUCAGCGUCAUUUUCCACGACCAAACCGGCGUUGUUCCACCAAAAGACGUCGAUGUCAUCCUUGCAGCUCCCAAGGGAUCCGGUGCCACCGUUCGCUCCUUGUUCUUGGAGGGACGAGGUAUCAACUCCUCUGUCGCCAUUUACCAGGACGUGUCUGGCCAAGCUCGCGAGCGUGCGUUCGCCAUGGGAGUUGCCAUUGGCUCGGGAUACCUCUACGAGACCACUUUCGAGAAGGAAGUGCACUCUGAUCUCGUCGGAGAGCGUGGUAUCCUUAUGGGUGCCAUCCAAGGGGCGUUUGCCGCCCAAUACGAUGUCCUUCGCUCAAAAGGUCACAGCCCAUCGGAAGCCUACAACGAGACGGUUGAGGAAGCCACACAAUCCUUGUACCCUUUGAUCGCCAAGAAUGGAAUGGACUGGAUGUACGCCAACUGCAGUACUACCGCACGUCGAGGAGCCCUCGACUGGGCACCCAAGUUCUACGACGCGACGAAGCCUGUCUUUGAGGAGUUGUACGCCCGUGUGGAGGAUGGCUCCGAAACCCGUCGUUCCUUGGAGGAAAACAGCCGACCUGACUACAGGGAGCGUUUGGAGGAGGAGUUGCGACAAAUCAGGGAGAGCGAGAUGUGGAGGGCAGGGAAGACCGUGCGAGGCUUGAGGCCUGAGAAUGUCGGUAAAUAG